ACGCAACUUAGCGUAGUUUUGCACUUCCUGUUAGCUCGGGAAAGAUAGCGGACGAGCGGUCGAAAAAAAUACUGAUGCAUUUAUGUAAAAUCGUAGCAUAAUUGUUCAGGAACGUGCUAUUCUGGAGCUCGUGAGGUCCAUAUUUAGGAGACGACAAUGAUCCGCUUCAUCCUCAUCCAGAACCGAGCAGGGAAGACACGACUCGCCAAAUGGUACAUGCAGUUUGAUGAUGAUGAAAAACAGAAGUUGAUUGAGGAAGUGCAUGCUGUGGUAACUGUCAGGGAUGCCAAGCACACCAACUUUGUGGAGUUCAGGAACUUCAAGAUCAUUUAUCGGCGUUAUGCUGGUUUAUACUUCUGUAUUUGCGUGGACGUGACUGAUAACAACUUGGCAUACCUCGAGGGAAUCCACAACUUUGUAGAGGUGCUGAAUGAGUAUUUUCACAACGUGUGUGAAUUGGACCUUGUGUUCAACUUCUACAAGGUGUACACGGUGGUGGAUGAGAUGUUCCUGGCGGGAGAGAUCAGGGAAACCAGUCAGACCAAGGUCCUCAAGCAGCUCCUCAUGCUCCAGUCACUUGAGUAGAAAACAGACAACCAUCCUUCCUACCUGCUCAUUAAUCUGCUGCCCUGGCACCUCAACCCAACUUACACCUUGUUCCUGUCACUCUGAAAAGGACCCUCUAUCAUUUUCCUGCCUCUACAGAGCAGACGUCACUCCUUACAGAACUUCGGGCGGGGGGGGUUAAGAAAUAGAAAUAGACAAUAUUGUUUACAUAUGGAUUUAUAAUAUGGAAGUUCAAUUAACAUGUUUGUCAUAGCUAUGUGUACCUGUUGUACUUCUAAUGAAGUCAUCCAGUAUAAAGGCUGUACAUUUCAACAUGUUAACAUUUCAUAUACUUCCCAAGUUAGAAUCAACUUUAUAUUCUGCUCACUUUUUCCUAAAGCCAGAGGCUGCAGAAAUGAGUUAUUUCAUGUAGUAACCAGUUAGUCUUUGCAUUUAUCUCUGUGCAGUGUGGAAACACUGAUGUAGAUCCACUGGUGUGACACUGCUCUCUCCUGCCCACCUCCUCGCCUCCCUUCAUUAACCUAAACAUUCAUUUAAUGGCACUACUGUAACUAACAAGCACCGUGUAUAAAUAGACUGCCUAUAAUGAUCCAUGUGCAUAGAGCACUUUCAACAGCCUUGCAGCCAAUUCUAUAAAUCUAUGUAAAGAAUGACCUUGCCAGUGAUGUGGUACUAGACUAGUCACGGCAUCUGCUCAUUUUAUAUCUGGAUCACAGUACAUGCAAACUACAACUAGAAAGUCCUUUAGAGCAAUUGACCCACCACGGCAAGUUCAUAAUUGAAUGGAGUGUACUUAGGGUGAGUACCAUUUUGACGGUGUGUUAUGGCAACCUGUGCUGUGUCAGACGUCCUCAUGGCUGAUGAUGAUAAAACAGUGUAGGUUAUGUUAGCUCAGAUGGCUGCACUCUGGAUGUUGUAAUUGUUUUCAUUGCAUUUCAAAUUAUCUAGAUCAUCUGAUGCAACUCAUAUAUUAAAUGGUGCUUGUUAGUCACACUUAAAACACAAACGCACUCAGACGGAAAAAGACCUGGACAUAAAGUAUAUUUUACAUAAAGCAGUACUGUGAAGUUUGCUUCGUAUGGUGUGUACAUACAGUGUAUCUUGCGUAUGUUGAAUAUUGUGAAAUUAACACAUUCAUUCCAGAAAGAGUGGUUCUUGCUCACUAUAUGGUCUGAGCAGUAUUUACUUGUUUAGAAUCCAUAAAUUCCUUUGGCAUUGCAUAAAAUAAAUUGGCUUUUAAAUUCCUCCUACAAGCCUUAUGAACUAUGACAAAAAAAAUUCACUUUUAUUCAUCUCCCAAUGCUAGACUUUAAUGUUUAUGAGAUUCGUUGUCAUACUCUAAUUUUAACCAUAUCCAGUCACAAAGCUGUCAAAGGUGAUUUCAAAUGUUACUGUUAUUGGACUUUUGUAUUUUUUUUUUUAAAUGAUUAGGCAAUAGUGAAAUAUGAACUGCUUCCCUUCUUGUCCACCUGUGCGAGUUUGUUGAUGGAAGAUGUGUGUUUGUAUGUAUUACUGUCUCCAAUUCAGCUACCCACAUCAAUACGUCCCAUUAUAUGUAAAUAAUAAAAUAAACAGAUGAAGUGAUACAUGA